UUGUAAACAGGAAGCAGACGCGGCGUCCUGUGCGCGGGCUGGCUGCUCAGAAAACACCUCGGACGAGGAGCAGCAAUGGCGAAAAGUAGGAGCCGAGACUUCUUCGCUUGGACCGACGACGAAGUGGAGCUGCUGCUGAAAGUGACACAUGAAUACAAGACGGCCAAGGCGAACGACAACAUAGACUGGGAGUCGUCGCAAAGCAAGUACGGCGACAUAUUUGAGCGGUACCGGGAGCUGUACCCGUCGCGGGAGGAAGCCCUGGCCAUGGGCAAGGAGUACCCGCACAAGAAGGACGAGAUCACUAAAGGCCAGCUGACUACCAAACUCAAGGCCAUCCGGAUGAGAUACAGACAAGCAGUGGAGCUGGGUAGGAAAAGUGGCCGUGGGCGGGUAGUCCUGCUCUAUUUUGAGCUCUGUGAGACCAUCUGGGGCGCCCCUCCUGCCACUCAUGCGAUAUCAGAGGGCAUUGAGACCAGCGAUGUGACCGUGGAGGUGAAAGAGGAGAUGGUCAGCUCACCGGACACCGGGUCGUCGUCUGUCCCGGGAGCAGACGGAGCUGCGGAAGGCGCAGCGUCUACAGACACAGUGGCGAGUCGACGCCAGAGAGUGGAUGCUACUCUUAAUGGCUGCAGGAGAGAGAAACUCAAGAGAAAACUCACCACGGAUUCAGUUGCACAGGAGGAGCUGGAAAUCAAGAGGCAACUCCUUCAACAGUUAAAGGCGACUGAUGUAGAGUUUGUGCAGACACUGGACCGGUGGUCAUCCAUGAUGGACCGUCUGAACUCUAAUAUUGAGCUGCUUGUACAGCACAUCGUGGGCUCAGGCACCUCUCAGUGUGCGACUCCAUCACCGACUGACUGGAAACCUGUUAUCAAAACGGAAUAGCUAAAACUAACUCAAGAACUCAAACGUUUUUGUUUUUUUUUAAAAGAUGGUUUUGUAAAAUACUUGCCUCAGAUUCCCUGUCAUGUUGUUUAGUGUUGUCUCUUUAAAAUAUUUCUCUCUCUUUCACAGUGUAGGCUGUAUCAGUGUACAUAAGCUAAAAUAUUGAUUUAUAAUUGCUGAGACUUUUUUUUUUCUUCUUUUUGAAGCAGAAAUGUUUUUUUAUGAAAAUUUAUAUGACCUCCACAGUAUUACAGCAUUUUUAAGCUGAUUUACAUUACUUCAUUACACUGGUGUGAAGUUCUGAUAAAGUUUCGUUUAAAUGGUAAAAUGAGUGUUUGAAGUGAUAUAACACCCGUAUAUAGUUAUACACUACGUGAAUUAUGGAUAUGAGACAAGUACAUUUAACUUGUUAUGUCACAUAGUUGGAUAAUCUAAGAUUAAGUCCUUUAAGACUAAGUAGCCUAUUGCAAUUUUCUGACCAUUUUGAACAUUGGAUGUUGAUGUGAACAUGGACACAUGUCCAUUUUUUCCAUAUCUUUCAUUCAUUCAGUAUGUCAAUGACAAAUUGUAGUGUUGCCAAAUAAGGAGACUGACUUGAUUCUGUACCUGUACCAUGUCUAAUAUGAUUAAAAAAAACUGUUAAGACAGUAUCUUGGAAAUGUAAACAAUCAAAAUGUGUUAAUAUGUAUGUACAAACUCAGGAAAUGGCUU